CAGCUCCAUCGGGGCCAUGUCGGAGCGAGAAGAGCGGCGGUUUGUGGAGAUCCCUCGGGAGUCCAUCCGCCUCAUGGCAGAGAGCACGGGCCUAGAGCUGAGUGACGAGGUGGCUGCUCUGCUCGCAGAGGAUGUGUGUUACCGCCUAAGAGAGGCCACGCAGAAUAGCUCUCAAUUCAUGAAGCACAGCAGACGGCGGAAGCUGACUGUGGAGGAUUUCAACAGGGCCCUUAGAUGGAGCAGUGUGGAGGCUGUGUGUGGCUACGGGUCCCAGGAGGCCCUGCCCCUGCGUCCUGCCAGGGAGGGUGAGUUCUACUUUCCUGAGGACCGAGAGGUGAACCUGGUGGAUCUGGCCUUGGCCACAAACAUCCCCAAGGGCUGUGCCGAGACAGCUGUGAGAGUUCAUGUGUCCUACCUGGAUGGCAAAGGGAACCUGGCACCGCAGGGAUCAGUGCCCAGCGCUGUGUCCUCACUAACGGAUGACCUUCUCAAGUACUAUCAGCAAGUGACUCGGGCUGUGCUAGGAGACGACCCGCAGUUGAUGAAGAUUGCCCUCCAGGACCUGCAGACGAACUCCAAGAUAGCAGCGCUUCUGCCCUAUUUUGUGUAUGUGGUCAGUGGGGUGAAAUCCGUAAGCCAUGAUCUGGGCCAGCUGCACCGGCUGCUGCAGGUGGCCCGGAGCCUGGUUCGGAAUCCACACCUCUGCCUGGGGCCCUACAUCCGCUCCCUUGUGGGCAGUGUCCUCUACUGCGUCCUGGAGCCACUAGCUGCCUCCAUCAACCCCCUGAAUGACCACUGGACUCUGCGGGAUGGGGCCGCCCUCCUCCUCAGCCACAUCUUUUGGACUCACGGGGACCUCGUAAGUGGCCUCUACCAGCAGACCCUGCGUUCCCUGCAGAAGGUCCUGGCCGACCCUGUGCGACCUCUCUGCUCUCACUACGGGGCGGUGGUGGGGCUACACGCCCUGGGCUGGAAGGCAGUAGAGCGGGUCCUCUACCCACACUUGUCCACUUACUGGACAAACCUGCAGGCUGUACUGGACGAUUACUCCGUCUCCAAUGCCCAAGUUAAAGCGGAUGGCCACAAAGUCUAUGGAGCCAUUCUGGUGGCCGUGGAGCGACUGCUGAAGAUGAAGGCCCAGGCGGCCGAAUGCAGUAGGAGCGGCCUGGGGUUUCGGGGAGGUCGGCGCGCGGACGACCUGCCCUGGGACAGCCUCCUCCGGCAGGAGCCAGCCUCCGGGGCCACCACGGAGCCGGGCUUCGGCGCUGGCCUCUUGCUGCCGCCGGGGAGUGUGGGGCCCGAGGACCCUUCCCCUUCAGUUACUCUGGCGGACGUCUACCGGGAGCUGUAUGCCUUUUUUGGUGACAGUUUGGCCACCCGCUUCGGCACUGGGCAGCCGGCGCCUAGGGUCCCGCGGCCACCGGGUGACAAGAAGGAGCCUGUGGCCGCUACGGACGUAGUACGGAAGAUGCCGCAGCUGACCGCCAGCGCCGUGGUCAGCCCGCAGGAUGACGACAGCCCGCGGGGCGCGGGCGGUGGGCUCCCAUCUGCUUCUGCGUCCGCUGCCGAGAGCCGGCCGCUGCCGCGCGUGCACCGGGCGCGGGGGGCACCCCGCCAGCAGGGCCCGGGCACCGGCUCCCGCGAAGUCUUCCAGAAGAGCCGCUUCGCCCCACGCGGCAGCCCACACUUCCGUUUUAUUAUCGCGGGUCGGCAGGCGGGUCGGCGCUGCCGUGGGCGCCUCUUCCAGACGGCCUUCCCCGUGCCGCCCGGGCCCAGCCCGGCCUCGCGCUACGUGCAGAAGCUGCCCAUGAUCGGCCGCACCAGCCGCCCGGCCCGCCGCUGGGCGCUCGCCGACUACUCACUGUACCUGCCGCUCUGAG